CCGCAGAAGCAGAUUCCAAAUCGCCGGAGGAAAUUUCCUCGGCAGCUCCUAAUCAAAAUAGAGACGAAGAAAAGCAUGGUCAUCUGGAUUCGGACAAGCAUGAAUACUCGACAACUCUUUCAGACUCAACGGGAGAUGACGAUGCAUCAACCAUCCACCAUCCUGAAGGGGGUUUGCCGCUGUCUCGUGGGCAGUCCAUGUCGCGAACAGUGUCCGAGAUAAGAGACGGCAUUCAGAAUCAGAGGGACCUGGAGCUGGGAGAGGAUGUCAUUGAGAAAUCGCCCACGGUCAGGCCCGACGACCCGAAUCUGAUCAAGUGGAACGGUCCCGACGACCCAGAGAAUCCAAAGAACUGGACUCACAAAAGGAAAUGGGCUGCCGUCUUCUGUGUCUCUUGCUUCACCCUCCUCUCACCAGUUGCCUCGAGCAUGGUUGCCCCUGGCCUCCCCCAAAUCAGCAGGGACUUGCACAUCACGGAGGAGAUUGAAAGCGCCCUCGUACUGUCCAUCUUCGUGGCUGCCUAUGCCGUCGGCCCUCUGAUCUGGGGCCCCCUAUCCGAGCUGUAUGGCCGAGCCAUCAUCCUCCAGCUCUCCAAUCUGUUUUUUCUCUUCUUCAACUUGGGCUGCGGCCUUGCCAAGACGAGCGCCCAAAUGUUCGUCUUUCGUUUCCUCGCGGGCAUUGGAGGAUCCGCGCCUCUAGCUAUUGGUGGUGGUGUUUUGGGCGACUUGUUCACCGCUGAGGAGAGAGGAAAGGCCAUGAGCAUCUAUUCGCUGAUGCCUCUGCUUGGCCCGGCUCUGGGGCCGAUUGCUGGAGGCUGGAUAUCCGAACGGACCACCUGGCGAUGGGUCUUUUACAGCACCACCAUUGCUGACGGUCUUGUCCAAGUGGCAGGUAUAUUCUUUCUUCAGGAGACGUAUGCACCAGUUUUGUUGCAGCGCAAGAAAGCAGCCCUGAUCAAGGAGACGGGCAACACCAACCUCGUCACAGAAUACGACGAUCCAAACAAGACGAUUACCCAAACGCUAACAAUUGCUUUGACUCGCCCGUUCCGCAUGUUGGCCACGCAGCCCAUUGUGCAGGUCAUGUCUCUGUACAUGAUGUAUCUGUACGGCUUGACUUAUCUGAUCCUCUCUACGUUCGCCAGCCUCUGGUCAACCCAGUAUCACGAAAGCCCGGGCAUAGCUGGUCUCAACUAUAUCUCGCUCGGCCUUGGCUUCUUCCUGGGUGCCCAAACCUGCGCGCCGCUCCAGGAUCGCAUCUAUGCCGCUCUCAAGAGACGCUAUGUGCCGGACGGCGGCCCCGGACGUCCAGAAUUUCGCGUUCCCUUAUUGAUUCCAGGGUCGAUUCUUCUGCCCAUCGGCAUCUUCAUCUACUCGUGGACCGCAGAAGCACACACGCACUGGAUCGGCCCCAACAUUGGAGCCGUUGUCUUUGGUUUCGGCAUCAUCAUCGGUUUCCAGUGUAUCCAAGGAUACAUGGUGGACUCGUAUACUCGAUACGCAGCCAGUGCCGUGGGAGCAGUGACUGUUUUGCGCAGUCUGGCAGGCUUUGGAUUCCCUCUAUUCGCUCCGACCAUGUACAACAAGCUCGGAUAUGGAAUUGGGGGGACGGUGCUGGCGUGUAUUGCAAUUGGCAUUGGAUUCCCCAGCCCGAUUUUCUUGUGGUUUUACGGACCGAAGCUGAGAGCUGCGAGUAAAUUUGCGGCUUGAUUGGGGGAAAGGUCCUUAUAAAUUGAAUGACACUAUGAGAGAUGGAAAAGCGAGGUGAAAAGAAGAGACGAGAAAGGAAACAGAAGAAAGAGACGAAAAAAAGAUGAGAGGAAGGGGAUGAGGAAGGAAUCAGGUAAUGAAUAAAGGCGAGGUGGCGGCAGGUGUAAUAGAGGGGCACGUGAUGGGGAAAGUCAGUAUUAUGAUGAUCAGGUAUUACGAGACACAUGGAUCCAGGAACGUUCAAAAGCAUCAGCAUGGUUGG